GUCCCAGCCGCGACCAAUGGCACCCCAGGUGAGGGUGAGGGGUGGAAGGUGCUUGUUAGCUCGUGGUGCAACUACCAGCGCUUGUUCUGGGCUACCUGAUUGUCAUGGAGGCAGUCUUGGCCGAAGAACUUGAUGAGGAGGAGCAGCUAGUGAGAAGGCAUCGCAAAGAGAAGAAAGAGCUGCAAGCCAAAAUUCAGGGUAUGAAGAAUGCUGUUCCCAAGAAUGACAAAAAGAGAAGGAAGCAACUCACUGAAGAUGUUGCUAAGUUGGAAGCAGAAAUGGAACAGAAACAUAAAGAAGAACUAGAGCAACUGAAGCUGACUUCUAAGGAAAGUAAAAUAGAUUCUGUUGCUGUUAACAUUUCAAACUUGGUUCUUGAGAAUCAGCCACCUCGGAUAUCAAAAGCACAAAAGAGACGGGACAAAAAAGCUGCAUUGGAAAAGGAGCGGGAAGAAAGGAUAGCUGAAGCUGAAAUUGAGAACUUAUCUGGAGCCAGACACUUAGAAAGUGAAAAACUUGCUCAACUAUUGGCAGCAAGACAGUUGGAAAUUAAACAGAUUCCAUCUGAUGGCCACUGUAUGUAUAGAGCCAUUGAAGAUCAACUCAAAGAACAGAAAUGCCCUUUGACUGUGGCUGCCUUGAGAAGUCAAACUGCCGAAUAUAUAAAAGGCCACGUGGAGGACUUUCUGCCAUUUUUAACAAACUCUAAUACAGGAGAUAUGUAUACUCUGGAAGAGUUUAGAAAGUACUGUGAUGAUAUCGUCAACACAGCUGCAUGGGGAGGUCAGCUUGAGCUAAGAGCCUUGUCUCACAUUUUACAAACACCGAUAGAGAUAAUACAGGCAGAUUCUCCUCCUAUUGUAGUUGGUGAAGAAUAUCAAAAAAACCCAUUAAUACUUGUAUAUAUGAGACAUGCGUACGGCUUAGGAGAACAUUAUAAUUCUGUUACACAGUUGGUGAACACAGCUAUGGAAAAUUGCAGCUAGUUUACAAAAUGUUACACAAUUAUGUUUUAGUACAGUGUGCCGAUCUGAGUAUUCUUACCAGUGCUGGAUUGUUCUAACAUUACUGAAAAACACAACUACCUUAAAUCAGUUUUAUGGCAAAGCUACUAACAGAUUAAAAAAAAGAAUGUGUCAGAGAUAAACUUUAACCAGUGUUCCCUUUGUGGUAUUUAAAAACACUUGUGAGUCCAUUGUGGAGAAUAUCAUUUACAGACUAAGAUAGUAUCUAUUUGCUGAUAUUUUUACUAAUAUAGGGUCUUGAACAUUCUGUUCUGCAUUGAAAUAAAUUUAGUUUUUCUCCUUAUUACUAAAAGUUUUCAGUAACCAUUUUAAUGUAACUUUCUUGAAGAAAUGAAAUGACUUGGUCUCUUUGUCAUUGCAAAAUCUAGUAAGAGUGAUAGCAGAUCUAAUUCAUGCUUAUAAAUGCAUCUGAUGUCAGUAAUCCCGGUACUGAUGGAAUUAAUACCAUGAAGCUUUUUAUGUAAUCCCAUCAAAGUGCAGCUAAAGAGCUUGCGUUAAUAAUUAAAAAUCUUUAAAUAUUUAUUCACAUGGGAAUCAGUCAAGUUUAAGAAAUGAGACAAAUUUAAAGGUUACUAGGUGUUCCUAUCAGACCCCUAAAGAAGUACCUUCAUGUUUUCUUUCUUACAGUUUUUUUGUGUCUUUUAUUUUUUCGAUUUUUUUACUUUUUUAAGUAAUCUACCCACCCAGCAUGGGGGCUUGAAUUCAUGCAUGAUAAAGAGUAGCAUGCUCUAUCUACUGAGCUAGCCAGGAGCUCCAGUACCAUUGUUUCUUGAUCAUCUUCAAAACUGCAAAUUUUUAUAUUCCUUGUUAUGUUUUCCUUGUCACCACUUAGCUGCUUUGCAUUCCUUGUGGUCUUGUCCACUCAAACAAUUUGUGGCCUCUCUUUUAUUUUAAUUUGUACACACCGAAGGAGUAUCAGUGUAUAAGGGUCCAACGCCAACUUUACUUCAAAUUAUCCUCACUUCUAAUUUGUCUUACCAGGCAUCUGUUUUUGUUGCAUUCUCCAGGAUUAGAAGAAAGUUAGCUAGCCUACCUUCCCAUUUAAUUCAGAUAUUUGACUGAAUAGUAAAAUCAGUGUACAAUAUUUUCUGAUGUCAAUGAUUUACCUGGCUCAGAUUUCAGAUUACUCUUAAUAUUCUUCUAAGAAGAUAGCAUCCAUAUAUAGACACAUGUCUCACUGAUAAUUUAUUAUGUAACUAAGUAUUAUGAAAAUGAAACUUGGUGAUCUCUUUUUCCCCAAAUUAGGAUUAAUAUUAAGAUUUAGCAUCAAAUUUAUAAUAUUUCAGUUUUUCUCCAUGAACACAACUAAUUUUUGUAAGUAAAUAUGGGUUUUAUAAUAUUAAAAACAGUCAUCAGUCUCACGUGUCCACCUGGUGACAACGUGGGAAGCUGGUAAGGACUCUGUUCAGCUAGCGCAAGUACUGUACGAAGGUGUUCUAGUUAAAAAGAUGAAAAACUAUACUGUCUGUCUAGCAAAGUGUAUUCUGAAAGCUGACUGUUGUAAUCUUUGAACUGAAAUUUUUUAGGUCUGAAAUUAUAAAAGAAUUAAAUUAGAAAAUGGUAAAUGGCUUACCUUUAUUAUGAAAUGAUCUUACUUUAAAAUCAAAAGAUAAGCAUUAAGAAGUAAUAAAACAAAUAUCACAAACCUAGUUAUUACAAAUGCUGUCUAGAUUUAAAGUAACUUCUUGGUAGCUAUUAUUUUCUAAUAAGAUGAAUGGAACCUUCUUGAAUAUAGGUUUAUUUUUAUUAUUUUUCAUUUUUAAAUGGCCAAAUAUGGUGAUGAGUAAGAUUUGUAUGGUCAGCUUCUGUUCUUUCAUAAAACUUAAGAUAAAAAUCAUUUUAGCUCUAACCAAAAAUUGAAGUCUUUAAAAAAUGGCAGAUGUUAAUUUAAAAACAGCAUAUACUAAUUUAGUUUGCUGUAUGAUUAUGGUCUAAUGGAAGUUUCAUAAGCUUUCUUUUCUCUUAACUCAGAAAAGUAUAUGUCAGAGUUUUGGAAUAUGUCUUUAGCCAAGAAUUUUAUCUAUAUGUUUACAAACUUAUAUAAAGCAAAAAAGAAUGUAUGUAACUAUAGUGAGCAAUAUAGUUUUGCUUGUAUUAUCUGAUGUUUGCCAAAAGAAGAAUAAAAAGACGUAUGAAUUAAAUCA